UAGUAACGUGUGUUCAACAGGAGGGUUUCCAAUAAAAUGUUUUGCGCACCCUGACAAACAGUAGUGUAAUCGGUGGACGAGCGCCAUCUCGUGGUUGUUAGAGGUAUAAAGGUUACAGGCCCUCUGAUUGGAGAAGGCAGCUGCUCUCACUCCCCGUUGCUGACGCUUGUGCAAAUGCCCUGUCCGAGAGCACCACCCCCCCAGACCAUCCACAUGCCCUUUUGCCUUUCUCCUGGGGUAUAUAUAGUCUGAGAAGGAUCUAGCCAGCCCUUGCAGUCAAAAUGAGGCUUUUUCUUUCUGUCUGCUGCCUGCUGUCUCUGCUGGCACUCACCACUGCAGAUGCAGUGGGAUCUGAGGCCGAGCAACUUGUGCCUCUCCAGCUGAAGCCUGAAGGUGAGCUGUUCACCUCAUGUGAUGGCAGAGAAGAUAUCAGCCAAAGCUCCUCCAAUGACACACCUGCACCAAAGAGACCAGUCUGCCAACCCUGCAGUCCUGUUGAACAUGGGGACACCACCACAGAACAAGACAGCUCCAAUGAGGAGGAAGUUGUCUCCAAAGAGAAGGCUGAACAGUUAAGUGAAGAGGAGACGUCUUAUGAAGAGGUAUUUGAGACUGAUGAGGGAGAAAUGGAGGGAGAAGUUCUCGGGGUUGUGAGAGGGGGAGAGAGCUCAGAGGAGGAGGAUGUAGAGGCUGACAUGGAUGUUGAGGAAUCGGUCGAAGAGGAGGUUCAUCAGACUGAGGAUGAGGUUAAGGAGGAAGAGGAAGAGGAGGUUCAUCAAAUUGAGGAUGAGGUUGAGGAGGAGGUUCAUCAGACGGAGGUUGAGGAGGAAGAGGAAGUUCAUCAAACUGAGGAUAAUGUUGAGGAGGAAGAGGAACAGGAGGUUCAUCAAACUGAGGAUGAGGUUGAGGAGGAAGAAGAAGAGGAGGUUAAUCAAACUGAGGAUGAGGUUGAGGAGGAAGAGGAGGUUAAUCAAACUGAGGAUGAGGUUGAGGAGGAAGAGGAGGUUCAUCAAACUGAGCAUGAGGUUGAGGAGGAAGAGGAGGUUCAUCAGACUGAGGAUGAGGUUAAGGAGGAAGAGGAAGAGGAAGAGGAGGUUUAUCAAACUGAGGAUGAGGUUGAGGAGGAAGAGGAGAUUCAUCAAACUGAGGUUGAGUUGGAAGAGGAGGUUCAUCAAACUGAGGAUGAGGUUGAGGAGGAAGAGGAGAUACAUCAAACUGAGGUUGAGGAGGAAGAGGAGGUUCAUCAGACCGAGGAGGUGGUUGAGGAGGAUGUACAUCAAACUGAGAAUGAAGUUGAGGAGGAAGAUGAGGUUUCUCAAACUAAAGGAGAGGUAAAUGAGGAAUCAUCUCAGACUCAUGUGGAGGUACUGGAGAAGGAUGAGGUUGUUCAACCUGAUGAGGUGGCAGAUGAGGUUCCAAGUUCUGAAGAAGAGCCAGAGACGGUUCCACAGCCUGAAGAACCACUGGAGCACAUAGAGAAUGUCUCAGAGGAGUCUAAAUCUGUUGAAGAAGCUGAAGAUGAAAUAGAGGAGGCUGAUGUAGCAACUGAUGAAGACCAAGCAGCAGAGGUUGUUGAGGAGGUUGUGGUAAAAACCCAAGAAGAAACGGAGGUGGUGACAGAAAUUACUCCGGAUGAAGCUGUGGUCCCUGCACCUGCUGAAGAAGUCACAGUGUCAGCUGACAAUCCAGCACUCAAAGAAACUAUGAAAGGGAAGGAAAGCCCCUCAACUUCUGACACCAGAGAUCGGUCUCACAUUGAUGACACACUGCAGCUGGCCUCAGCUGAACCAUCACAGGCAUUUGUUGAUGCUCUGAAGAAGCUGCAGCAUGUCUACAGCACAGCGAUUAAACCCCUGGAGAUGGCCUACAAAUACAAUGAGCUCAGACAACACGAGGUGUCAGAUGCAGAGAUCACUUCAAAGCCCAUGGUCCUGUUUCUGGGUCCCUGGAGUGUUGGCAAGUCUUCCAUGAUCAAUUAUCUUCUGGGUCUCGAGGACAGUUCACAACUUUACACAGGGGCUGAGCCCACAACCUCAGAAUACACUGUACUAAUGCAUGGUGAGAAGGUUCGCACCAUCGAGGGCAUUGUAAUGGCCGCUGACAGUUCUCGCUCAUUCUCAUCACUGGAGAAGUUUGGUCAGGGUUUCCUAGAAAAGCUGGUCGGAAUUGAGAUGCCGCACAAACUGCUGGAGCGGGUUACUUUUGUGGACACACCAGGCAUCAUUGAGAACCGUAAGCAACAAGAGAGAGGGUACCCUUAUAGUGAUGUGUGCCAGUGGUUUAUUGACCGUGCCGACCUCAUCUUCCUGGUCUUCGACCCAACCAAACUGGAUGUGGGAUUAGAACUUGAAAUGCUGUUUAGACAGAUGAAGGGACGCGAGUCACAGAUCCGUAUAAUCCUCAACAAGGCUGACAGUCUGACGACUCAGGAUUUAAUGCGCGUCUACGGCGCCCUCUUCUGGAGCAUGGCACCCCUGAUCAACGUGACGGAGCCCCCAAGAGUCUACGUCAGCUCCUUCUGGCCACAGGACUACGCUCUUGACACCAACAGAGACCUUUUCAUGCGUGAGGAGAUCUCUCUGCUGGAGGACCUCAAUCAGGUCAUCGAGAACCGCUUGGAGAACAAGAUCGCCUUCAUCCGACAGCACGGGAUCCGCGUGCGCAUCCACGCCCUCUUGGUCGACCGCUAUCUGCAGACGUACCAUGACAAGCUGGGCUGGUUCAGUGACCCCGACGAGGUCUUCCGGGAUGUUGUCAGUGACCCUGACAAGUUCUACAUCUUCAAGUCCAUCCUGGCCAAGACCAACGUGAGCAAGUUUGACUUGCCAGAACCGGAGGCGUACCGGGACUUCUUUGGAGUGAAUCCUCCAAGCGGCUUUAAACUGCUCUCCUCACACUGCAGCUGGUCGGGUGGAUGCCUAUUGGAGAAGAUUGAGAAGGCAAUCACAGAGGACCUGCCUGCUUUACUCAGUAACUUGGCAGAGAAGAAGCAAGCCAAAGUGGAGCCACCUGCAGAGACCAAGGAGAAACCCAAAAAUCCUUGGCGGAGACAAUGAUGGAGCGAGAGACUGAGAGUGUGGAUAACAGAUGGAUUUAAAGAAGGCUUUAAUUCCUACUAGUCAUAUUGAACUGAGGGCACCAAAUAAUUGAAUAAAUCGCUGCUGUCCUUCUGAAACCUUGUAUCUCCAAAUUCCGUGAUUUUUAUUUUUUGCCAUAGAUCAUUAUUAUUAGUUACCCUUUAUGGUUGUCGCUGGGUUUUGCAAAUAAAGAACCGAUAAAAAGUAUAGAAAAGUAUUUGUCAACUUUGACAACACAGUAUUUUUAAUCAUCUUAAAAGUACUGUGUUUUUUCCAUUUCCCUUUCAAACAGUGAAUUUGGACAUACAAGUUUUCGGAUCAACAGUGAUUAUAUAGUUUUAUGGAUGGACAGAGAGGAAGGUGAGCGGUGAGAGGAACAGGUUAUACAAUGGAAAUACUGCAAAAGAUUUGCAACAAUGAGAAGUCCGUUUAUCUGUUAUUCUUACUUUUGUUGCUCUUAUUUAACUCAACUUGCCAAACUCAUUUUAUUUAUUUAUAUUACAUGUAUAGUCCGUAAAAAUACCACAACCUUUCAUGUUAUUUAUUUUUCUCUUGAUUGUUGUUUUAAAAGUGUUAAUAUGAGUACAGUGUUUCAGCAUUAGUCUAUUUCUUCAGCUUCACUUGUUAAUUGAUCAUUUUUCUCUGUACAGUUUACUAGGAAGGCAAUGUCACUAUUGCGUUUGCUCAUAUUACUGCAUGUAAAGCUACGGUCACAUUAAAUUGUGUUUGUUUUCUCUUUUGGUUCACACAGUAUGACAAUGUAGCAUUUAACUGAAUAUCAGUGUCAAUAAAAUGAGACAUGACUAAAUAACUGAAUUGAUGUUUUCAGCUGAAAUAGGCCCUUUUCCACAUUUCUGGAGCUGAAGAGCUCAAUAGCAGUAGUUGAACGCGAGAUAACCCCAAAUGUCCACUAGAUGGCGUUAAAUAUUACCGUACCCGCUGCAAUAAAGAUUUAUCACACUUGCAAAUGAAGUAACCUUUGACAUCAUAAAAAGUGCUGUUUGU